AUGAUCAAUUAAUAUAGAAUUUAGAAUACAUUCAAAAGACACACACUUAAAAAACUACUUCUCAUUAAAACUUUAUAAGAAUAGAAUACUACAUAAAGAGAGUAUAGCAUGUAUUUAUAUUAAAAAGCCUUACAAAAUACAAAAUUAACUUAAUCGUAUAUCCAUCCAUAGAUUCCAAAAGUUAGCGGUUAGAACAAAGUUAUUUUCAUAUACCCAAUAUCUAGCCCCACCAAUUUAAGUAAUAUAUUAUCAGUUUGAAGUAAUGAAUUUACAUAAAUAAUUAUAAUUAUAAUUGUAAUGAGUUAAAUAAUCAAUUUAAGCAAUAUUAUAAACUAAGAGGAAUUCAAACAGUCUAAAAUAUAGGGGGUAACUAAAACUAUAUGCAAGCUGAGUAAUUUCAUCAAUCUAAUUAGAAUAAUCCACACAUUAAAAUGUCUAGAUUUCAAAGAAAAUCAUACUUCCAAUCCUAUCUAUUUCUAGACCAAUUUCCACUGUUAUUAAAUCCUCGGUUGAAUUGAAAUUGGCUUUAUAAUGCCCUUAGGAAAGAUGCUUAGGAUCUUUAUGUGAAAAUCCUUGCACUUACAAUUAUAAAGUUUGUAGAGUUGAUUAAAAACAUGAUCUUUUUAUCUUUUCUCUUUAACAGUACGAUAGACAUCAAUAUACUAAAUAGCAAAUUUGCUAAAUCAUUAAAAAUAUGAAUGAUCAAUAUAGUUAAUAAGCAUUAGAAUGUGUUGAAUAGAGAUUUAAAAUUCUAGACAAUUUUUAACAAUAAACAUUAAUUUCAGAUAAUGAAUUAAUCGAAUUUGAAUAAUCCCUCCAUAAAUACCCUUUUUAAUGCACUCUACAAAAUGUUAAUUCUAAUAAUAGCUCUCUAUCCUUUAGAAUUAUAAAUUAAAAAUUCUUAGAUCUUAUGGGAAUCACUAAAGAUAUGAUGUUCGAUCAUCUCAAUGAGACGCAAGCCUUACCCACAAUAUUCAAUCAUGAUGGUUCAUUGAAAAAUUGGUGUGAACUAGCCCAAUAUUCAGUUGAAGGUAGAGAAUUUUUUGAUUACUAUCUGAACACCUACGAAGGUUCACAAUUUAGGUCAAAGGUUUAGUAAAAAUAAAUUUUUAAAUCCUCUCCUCUGGAUCCAAAUUAAAUUAUAUUCAUUGAAUUCAGAAUCAUACAUGCUGAUCCUAAAUUGCUAUCAAAUCUUUGUAAUUCUACAAGAAUCCUGAAAAAUCAUGCAGACUAUUUCAAUCUGAAAAAUAGUGAUAUAAUUUUAAACUAAUUCAAACAAUCAACAAAAUAUUUAGAUGCCAAGAAUUAUAAAAUUACUAAACCGUGUGGUUACAAAAUUAUUGAUCAAAAUUUAAAACCUUGA